AUGGCAUCCAAGAUCAAGGACGCGCUGCCUUCGCACCUCAAGCCGUCGUCUAACGGCUCAUCGGAAGGCUUCGACCAGGGGAGGCAUCAUGGGAAGUCCCAGUCGCACGUGGCCUUCGAGAACACCUCCACCUCAGUUGCUGCAUCCCAGAUGCGCAAUGCCCUCAACAACCUCGCCGACACGGUUACCGACCCGAAGGACAAGCAGAGGUUCGAGACUGAGAUGGACAACUUCUUUGCUCUCUUCCGCCGCUACUUGAACGACAAGGCCAAGGGCAACGAGAUUGAGUGGUCGAGGAUCUCCCCUCCAAAGGCCGAGCAGGUGGUGGACUACGACUCCCUGGGCAACUCAGACUCUGUCGACUUCUUGAACAAGCUCGCGGUGCUCAAGCUCAAUGGCGGUCUCGGAACCUCCAUGGGCUGCGUUGGCCCCAAGUCGGUCAUCGAAGUCCGUGAUGGCAUGUCCUUCCUCGAUCUCUCAGUCCGCCAGAUCGAGUACCUCAACCGCACAUACGACGUCAACGUCCCGUUCGUGCUCAUGAACUCCUUCAACACCGACGCCGACACCGCCAACAUCAUCAAGAAGUACGAGGGCCACAACAUCGACAUUAUGACCUUCAACCAGUCCCGUUACCCCCGUAUCCUCAAGGACUCCCUCCUCCCUGCGCCGAAGAACGCCAACUCUCAGAUCUCCGACUGGUACCCACCAGGCCACGGUGAUGUGUACGAGUCCCUCUACAACUCCGGCAUCCUCGACAAGCUCCUCGAGCGCGGCAUCGAGAUCCUCUUCCUUUCCAACGCCGACAACCUUGGUGCGGUCGUUGACCUGAACAUCCUCCAGCACAUGGUGGAGACAAAAGCAGAGUACAUCAUGGAGUUGACGCCCAAGACGAAGGCGGACGUCAAGGGCGGCACAAUCAUCGACUACGAGGGCCAGGCUCGUCUGCUCGAAAUCGCACAGGUGCCGAAGCAGUACGUGAACGAGUUCAAGAGCAUCAAGAAGUUCAAGUACUUCAACACCAACAACGUCUGGAUGAACCUGCGCGCCGUCAAGCGGGUCGUAGAGAACAAUGAGCUCGGCAUGGAGAUCAUCCCGAACGGCAAGAGCAUUCCCGCGGACAAGAAGGGCGAGGCAGACGUCAGCAUCGUGCAGCUCGAGACGGCUGUCGGUGCCGCCAUCCGCCACUUCAGCAACGCCCACGGUGUGAACGUCCCACGCAGGCGCUUCUUGCCCGUCAAGACCUGCUCCGACCUCAUGCUCGUCAAGUCGGACCUCUACACCCUCAAGCACGGCCAGCUCAUGAUGGACCCGAACCGCUUCGGCCCAGCGCCGCUCAUCAAGCUCGGCAACGACUUCAAGAAGGUGUCCAGCUUCCAGUCCCGCAUCCCGUCCAUCCCGAAGAUCCUCGAGCUUGACCAUCUCACCAUAACCGGUGCGGUCAACCUUGGCCGCGGGGUAACGUGCAAGGGCACUGUCAUUAUCGUGGCGACCGAGGGCUCGACCAUCGACAUCCCGCCGGGCUCUGUGCUGGAGAACGUGGUGGUGCAGGGCAGCUUGCGUCUGUUGGAGCACUAG